UGGUGAUCAUAUAAAUAGAAAAACGAAUAUGACUUCUAAGCGCUUCGGGGCAAUGAAGGAUUUCGCGAGGGCCAAAAAGCCGAGGCUCGACGUGAGCGUGACCCGGGCCUCUUCCCGGCCGAGUCCCCCCCGUAGCAUGGCCGACUUCUGGGACGACGACGACGAUGUCAUCCUGAUGGCCACCCAGAUAGCGGAGGCCGAGAUCGAGGCGGAAGCGAAGCGCAAGGCGGAGGCCACGAAUGUCACGGUCGGGGAUAUCACAUUUAGCGAGUUCGCGCCGGUGCGAGGCACGACCAGCACCCAGCAGAUGUUUCCACCCGCAGCACCGCCGAAGAAAAAGACUUCGAGCAUCGACAUGGAUGCCAUUUUCGGGGACGACGAGGACUUCGAUUUCCUGGCCAUGGCCCUCACGGAGGAUGUGCCACGGCCCGAGCCUCUGCCACAGGCAAAGGCGCCCCUGGUAGUGAAGGCCGGCACGAGUAAAUCUACCAAGACAAGCAUCACCGUCCAGCAGACGAUGACACAGACUAAUGCGACGCAAGCGCGUCAGCAGGAGCACCAGAUAAAGUUCCUAAUGGAUCGCAUCGAGGGCCUGAAGAAGGACAAUUCGAAACUGCAAAAGGAUCUGGGCGACAGCAACGAGCGCACGGAGGCCAAGUCGGGAGAGGUCAGUCUGUUGCGGGACGAGCUGAAGCACCUGCGCCUGCAGCUGCAUGCCAGCAAAAUGGAGAAGCUGGCGCUCGCCGACGAAACCAACAGGGACUGCAACAAGAAGGUGGCCGAGGUGGUCAAGCAGAUCGCGGCCAAGGACAUCGAGCUGAAGAUGAAGAAUGCCGAGUAUACCAAGCUGAAGAUCCAGCAGCAGGCCCGCAAUGCCCACGAGAGGACCAUGAACAUGAGCAUGAGUAUGCUUCCGCCGGCCACUGACCCCUCGGAGCAGCGCACUCUGCUGCGCCUCCACAAGCUGAAUAUCCACCAGGCCGUGCCCAGGCUGAUCGCUAACAACGCCAGCGUCUACGAGUACACCGAGGAGCAGCAGAAGGGCAAGAAGCAGGGCACUCUGUUCGAAGUGGAGCUCAAGCAGCUGCUCCUCAACUACGCGCAGCUGCAGUCGCAGCCGGAAUCUGUUGACAGCCUGGUCCAGCGCAUCGUCUCCUCUGUGUGCAAGGUGUUUUCGGAGUUCGCCUCGUAUGCCCAGAGCCUGGAGUUCCCCCACAACUGCAUGUUGUAUCCCCACAAUCCCUAUAUCCUGGACGCACAGCAUCACAGCGCCCACUCGCUCUCCCAGCCUGGACCUCUGUACGCCAAUGAGCGCGCCUUGCUCCUGCGUCGCUACAUGGCCACCUUGGGGCUCAUCUGCCGGCAGCAGGGCAAGAUCGGACGGGCCCUGCUUAGGCAGCGGCACAACGAUCUCUGGCUGCUGGAGCUGGCCGUCGAUGCGAUUGUCAAGCUGGGCUUCUCCUACGAGGUCAGCGAGCACUUUGGCCUGCUCGAGGCCACAGCCUCCCUGCUGCACAGCCUCCUGAGGGAGCAGCAUCACGAGGAGGAGCGCGUGGAAGAGCUUUUGGUUGAGCUACUCAAGCAGCUGGUCUUCACCCGGCCCAGUCCCUGGGUGUUUGGAGAGUUGAGCGCCUGCCUGCUGGCCUGCCUCCAGAAGCCGCAGCUUCUGGCGCGGAUGUGCGUAAACAGUCCCAAGAGCUGCUUCAUUUCGGACCGUGUGCGCUCCCUCUAUCGCUUCGGACCCAGCUCCUGCCUGCUGCAGGUGUACGCCGGGCUUCUAGAGCUGUGCUUCUUCAGCGAAACCCCGCUGCAGGCGGCCCACUUCCAGCUGCUGCUUUCCAUUGGCGGCAACCACGUGCGCUUCGCCUUCGAGUGCUUUAAGAACCCACCGGACUUCAUCCUGGAAAUGCUGCCGUACUUUGCCGACGACGAGGAGACGGACUCCACCGAAGCAACGCUGACCAACAGGCUGAGCAGCAGCUCCACAACAGCGGUGCAUGGCUCGGCCUCAAAUGGAUCCUGCACCAGCGUGCCGACUGCCGCCGACUCUAACUCAAACUCCAGCACGUCCACCAGCUGCGAGUGCUAUGUGAAACUAUGCCUCAGCGUGGUCACGAUUGUCUUCCAGGUGAUGCACCAGUGGAUGCUGCAUCAGAGGAAAGCAGGUACCGAGCAAGUGGGAGAGAUAUCUCGUAUAGCGGUGCACCUGCUGACGCUCGUCUUCCAUGAGUACUAUCUGACCUGCCUGUUCCGCGACUCCGAGGAAACAACGAAGCACUAUCUCAGCCUCAUCUGCAGCUGGUGGAGCGAGCACGCGGCGCUGCUGGGAUUCCAGCCCAUACACUUGCGCUUGCUAAGCCAGCUGGAGAAAUCCCACUUCAUGCUCAAGCCUCUGCACCAGGAGGCGAAUCGCAGCAAUCCGACCAACGACCUGGCCGAGUGGGCACGCAUUAUCAACUCUGCGGAUGCCAAAACUGAAAAUGUGGCUCCAAAUGCUUCUACUUCUGCUGCGUCUAAACUCCUCGAAAUCGACUUCUUUGGUGGCCUUAAGCGAGUGGAAUACACAUUUGAUUAGUCUCUAUUUAUUUAGUUUGUAAGUUCUAGGAUCUGUUUAGUGUUACGUUUGAUUUAAAUUAGUUCAUUCGAUUUUGUUCUGCAUAUUUUAAAUAGCAGCGCCACACUAUCGCUAAGCUUCUUUCGAUAUAUCGGCGAGAGCUGUGCUGGCUCCAGCUAUAACUCGCUGCGGAA